AUGCUUAACUGCAUCGACAACUCGGGCGCCGCCCUCGUCGAAUGCGCCCUGGUCGUCGGUCAAAAGCGGCAUGCUCGCAUAGGUACGUCGCUGCCAUGCUCUCCGAGCGCCGGGUCAAGGGGGACACAAAAACAAGGUCUAACUGGUACAGGUGACCGGAUCGUCGUUGUCGUCCAGGAACAAAGAGGUGCUUCGUCCUCUGGUAUGGCGGGCAUCUCAGCCGCCGCCAAGGUCAAACGCGGCGAUAUUCGACACGCCGUUGUAGUGCGAACCAAAUACCCUACUCAGCGACGUGACGGAUCCGUGGUCCGCUUCGACGACAAUGCGUGCGUCUUGCUCAACAAGUCUGGCGAUCCGGUGGGAUCACGAAUCAAUGGUGUCGUUGGCGCAGAGUUGAAGAGGAAGAAGUGGAGCAAGAUUUUGUCCAUGGCGCCUAUGCAAGCAUAA